AUGAGUGUAGCUGUAGAAAUUCAAUCGACCAGUGAGGAUGGUGCUGAAUCCGAGAUUAUCGAACCAACAGAGGAAUUUAAUGAAACUGAGCCGACAGCCGAAGAAUUAUCAACAUUGGAACAUAUUGCUGAUCGAAUACCAUUAGCAGCCUGGCUAAUUGUUAUUUGUGAAUUAUGCGAACGUUUUGCUUUCUAUGGUCUCUCAGGUCUCUUUCAAAAUUACAUUCAAUUUCCGUUACCUACUGCAAAUGAUACACAACCAGGUGCUCUCGAUCGUGGACAGCAGACGGCCACUGCUUUGACAAAUUUUUUUCGAUUUUUUGCGUAUGUCACGCCGAUCCUUGGUGCCAUUCUAGCCGAUCAAUUCUGGGGCAAAUAUAAGACUAUUAUUGUUUCAUGUGUGGUCUACAUGAUUGGUCUUGUUAUACUGCUUCUGACCAGUAUACCACCAGCUAUUGAUAAAGGUGUUGCCUUUCCUGGCUUAAUCGUAGCGAUGGUCGUUUUGGGCUUUGGUACCGGUGGUGUCAAGAGUAAUGUAAGUCCAUUAAUGGCUGAACAAUAUUCUAGAGCAAAACCAAUUGUCACAGUAAUCAAAGGCAGAAGGAAAAUUAUUGAUCCAAGCGUAACGAUGCAAUCGAUGUUUAACUGGUUCUAUUGGGCAAUUAAUAUUGGUGCGUUAUCAUUGAUUGCUACUACGAAUAUCGAAAAGUAUCAUUCAUUUUGGCUUGCGUAUCUUGUACCCACGGUCGCAUUUAUUGGUGCUAUUGUCGUCUUAGUGAUUGGUCGCAAUCGUUAUAUUCAAAAACCUCCAUCUGGUUCAUUGAUCAUUCGCGCUGUUCAAGUGACAGUGACCGCCAUUCGAGUGCGACGAAAACUCGGCAAACAACCCGAUCGUCCAGAUUUUUUGGAUUAUGCCAAAGACAUACCGUCGACAAACGAUAAUAUUGAAACAGAGAUGGGGAUAGAAUUAAGCAACAAUCAGUUUAUUGAUGAACUCAAAAAAGCAGUGCGUGCUUGUCGUGUCUUUGUUUUCUAUCCAUUCUAUUGGAUCUGCUACAAUCAGUUUGGAACAAAUUUAGUAUCGCAAGCUGCCCAAAUGAAUGUUGGUCCUUUGCCCAAUGAUAUUUUACAAAAUAUCGAUCCACUUGUUAUUGUUAUUUUCAUUCCGAUCUUCGACACAUUGAUUUAUCCCGGUUUGCGACGAUGUAAAAUCACAUUUGGGGCUAUCCCACGUAUUGCUGCUGGUUUCUUCUGUGUUUCCAUUGGCAUGGCAUGGUCAGCGAUCAUUCAACAUCUAAUCUAUAUUACUGGUCCGAACUGCAACUAUGUGCCCAAGCCUUGUAAAGAAUGUCAACAAUAUAACAAUAUUACUGUAGCUUGGCAAAUUCCAGCGUAUUUUUUCAUUGCCAUUUCCGAAAUUUUUGCUUCCGUUACUGGUCUCGAGUACGCCUUUACUCAAGCACCGCAUUCGAUGAAGUCUAUCGUAAUGUCACUUUUUCUAUUUACAUCGGCCUUCGGCAGUAUCCUAAAUAUUGCACUUGUACCAGUGUCAGACGAUCCAAAACUACUGUGGAUGUAUGCAGCAUUGGCAAUUCAGGCAUUCGUCUUCGGUGUUAUAUUUUACUUUGUUUUUCGAAAUGAUCAUAAAGUACACGUAGAAGAAGAACCAGACACGAAAUGA